AACUUCUCUCAAAUUCACAAACAAAACUUAAGCUAGCUAGUCAUUAAGAAGAAGAAGAAUCUCUCUUCUUAUUUCUAGCUAUCUUAAAGUAUUUUUUUCUCAUCAACUUACCUAACAAAUUUCAAUAUUAUAAUGAUGAUGAUGAAGAAUACUAGUGGAUCAUUUGGGUAUGCACAAAUGGAGAAGGAAGAUCCAGAAGAUAUGAAACACAGAAAAGCUCAGUUCAUGAUUUACAAAACUAUGCAAAAAGCUGAUGCUGCUGUUUCUUCUUCUUCACGAUCGAGUAAUCCAAUCAGGAUUAGGAUUUGCAGGUUGAAGAUUAAGUUUGGGAAUAGAUUGAAGAGAUUGAGAAAGAGUUUGAUAUACAGCAUUUCAUCAACGGUUAAUACUAGAGUUUGUGCUUACAAACAAUUCAUCAAUCAGUUGAAGAACUUGAAACGUUUGGUUCGUGCUAAACAGAAUCUGCCAACUACUUCUACUACUAAAGCUUCUCAUCAACAACCUAUUUUCCUUGCUUCGUCUCUCAUCUAACUAAAUCUUCUUCAAGCUUCUUUCUCUUUUUCCGAUUUCGUUUUUUUGGUUCUUUUGAAAUUUCCCUUUAAUUUUACUUUUGAUUGUACUUAAUUACAUAUACUUACAAAGAAAUUAUAUGUGAUCCGGAUAUAUGUAAGAUUUGUGUUUGGGAAGAACUUGUUUGUGCAAUUAUAUGUUUAAUAUAGAAGGAAAAAAAAUGUAUCAGUUUCUUUUCUUUCUAGCACUCUGUUUUCCUUUUCACAUUUUUUUCUUUCUUCUUCAAUUAAUGAAAAAUCGAUAUGUUUAUCUAAA